AGAUUUUUUGACCAAUCCCUUUUUGAGUUGUCAACUAACUGCGCUGUUGGUACCAUCAAUGAUCUACCAAGACAGACGCGCUCGGUAGAUCCUUCAGUGACUCGACAUUUUUUGGUCUUGGUGUUUUUGUUGAUUUCCAAUACCACAGGUACACUUGCCGCAAAUAACCUGUCUACGACCGAUUCCUGGAAUUUGCAUUUAACCGCUGUUACAAGUGGCUAUUAAAUAUAGGCCAAAUUAAACUUCGAUUGACGCCGUAAGUUUUUCAAUCAGAAAUGGAUCGUGAAAGAAGAAUUGAUGAAACUAAUAACAGCCUUACUCUUGAUCAACCUAGCAUCCAAGAGGAAAAACAUGAGGCACAGCAGAAUGUUAACAUAAUUUUGAAAGAUUUAAUUGAAUGGGACGAUGGCGAAACACAGUUAUUACUUGAUUUAUAUGAUAAAUUUAUUCAAGAAGUUGGCCAGGAUAAAACUUUCAAAACUAUAGAUGAUUUGUGGAUAGCGGUGGGAUCAGAAAUAACUCGUUCUUACAAAGUGAUAAGAUCCCCACUCGAUUGCAUGAAUAAAUUUGAUUCCCUGAAUAAUGAAACGACUACUUCUGAAUCAGAAAAUUCGAGUGAGAAUUCUGAUCUUACCACUGACGAAAUUGAAUCAAAUUUCAAUCCAAGAAUUUAUCAUCAAGUUUUAUAUCCUGGAUUAUAUAUUGCACUUCAAAUUCAAGAGGAAAUAUAUUUUUUCAAAAUUCAAGACAAUGAGGAUAUUGAAGAUCAUGGUGUUUAUUUUUUUCAAUUUCCAGAGGGCGAUGAAGAUACUAACGAAUUUCAACUUUCGGAGGACAUUGAAGAAAUAAUACUAUUAAUAGAUAAUCCUCUAUUCAUACGGGCAUUACUCCAUGAUUGGAUAUAAUUUAUUGUUUAGUAAACAUACAAUGUAUUUUACUUAAAAAUAUAAAAUACUAUUUACAAAUUUCUAUUUAUUUCAAUUAG